UAGUUGAGGUUCGCGCUUCAGUGCAACGCAGACGAUAGACGAGGGACAGCGCAACAGUUCAGAGCACUUUGCAUGUGUGUGUGUGUGUGAGUGUGUGAGUGUGAGGGGCGUGUGCGUGUGUAUGUGUGUGUGUUUGUGUGCUCACUUCAAGUGUGUCCCGAAAAGAAAAUUAAAGGACUUAGUUGGAUAAAGCCUCGGAGGAGUCACAUUUCAGCAUCACCUGAGAUCUGAUGCUUCCUGCCAUCACCAUGGAAACGGAGGCCAGUCAGAUGUUGGAGGCGGCGCUGGAGCAGAUGGAUGACAUCAUCGCAGGUUCGAAAUCGGUGGCCGUGGAGUUUUCUAACAGCAUAUAUGACCUGGGUUCUCCCGUCAGCACCGGUCCGCUGCAGGUCGUUCAGUUAGCUGAAGACCUCAAACUUGCUUUGGAGCUCCAGCCCACCCAGGAGGGAAGAGACAGCCUCAGAGCACAGCUACCAACAGAAACAGCACAAGCUCUCAUAGACUGGCUACAGACUGGAGCUGCGAACCUGUGCUCUCCAGCCAACAAUGAAACCUAUCAGGAACGACUGCUCCGCCUAGAGGGAGAUAAAGAAUCUCUGGUGCUACAGGUGAGCGUUCUGACUGAUCAGGUGGAGGCGCAGGGAGAGAAGAUCAGAGAUCUGGAAAGUUCUCUGGAGGAGCAUCGGCAGAAACUGGCAUCCACAGAGGAGAUGCUGCAACAGGAGUUGAUGAGCAGGACCUCUCUGGAGACUCAGAAACUGGAUCUGAUGGACGAGGUGUCGUACCUCAAACUGAAGCUGGUCAGCAUGGAGGAAACCCACGGCAACACAAACAAACAAGAUCCCGCAGAUACAGAGCAGAGCAAAGCUGAGUGUGUGGUAAAUCUCAUCAAUGAGCUCCAGGAGCAGAUGUGCAGGUUUCAGGAACAGAUCAGCACUCGUAUCCAGGAGAAACGGGCUCUGGAAGACAAGGAGGCCCAACAGGGGGAGCCCAGAGGCAGCCAAGCCCAGGGCCGCAGCCCUCAGGUCGGGUCAGCCAGCUCAGAACUGAGCCUGUCUGGUUCUGACGCCAGGAUGCACAAUGGAGGACAGACUGUACACGAUUUGCUGCAAGAAAUAAAGCAGCUGAAGAGAAAAGUGGAGGAGCUGGAGGGAGAGAAGGGCCAGUAUGAGAGGAAGCUAAGAGGCACCAAGGCAGAAAUCUCAGAGCUGCAGCAGCUUCUGGCCUCCAAAGAUGCUGAGAUCGAGUGCCUGCAGACCCAGCUGCUGGCCAGAGGCGGCACAGCCAAUGACAACGCAGAGAGAGACCAGGAAUACCAGAGGCUGAAGCUGGGGAUGGAGUCUUUGUUAGCUUCAAAUGAUGAGAAGGAUCGACGUAUAGAAGAGCUGACCGUUCUGCUGGGUCAGUACAGAAAGAUGAGGGACGUCAUGGCGCUCACGCAGGGGAGCAGUGAGGAGGAGCUCAGUGGCAGCUUACGACUCAGAGCCAUCACACACAAAGCACACUCUGAUUUCCUCAGGUCAGAGAUGUCUUCAAGAGGAUCUUCUCCUCUUAUGUUAUCCUCAUCUCCUUACCAAAGAGAAUUGGACUCCAGUAUUCAGAACUCUAUGGACACAUCUCUGGUGUCCACUGGGGAUACAAGUCUUUUUAAUGGAUCGUGGCAUCAGCGCAGGUUGCUGUCCAGCAGUCUUGAAGAGUUGCAGAGUGGAUCCUUACAAAAGACUGUAGAGAUCCAGCCAGUUGAAACUGAAUCAGACGUAGGGGCGGAGAAUCCACCACUGGAGGUGAGCAAGUACCAGACUCUGCCUGGAAAACGGAGUAAAAAGAACGAAUUGAGCAGAGCCGAGCUGAACGGAGAGGGAGAAGGAGAGUACUUAUCUCCUGUCCAGCUCUCUCCUGUCCACAUCCACAACCAGGACUACAGUCUCAUUCGCUGCAGGAGCGCCAGCGCUCCGGCUUUAGGAUCUCCUGGAAAACAUGACCUCUAUGAUGUUGGACGUCCAGAGAAGCUAGAGGAGUGUGUUCUGUCAGACCAGUCCCCUCUGUCCUCUGGAGUGGACUCUGGACAGCAGUCCCCUGUCUCUCCAGAAAACAGGAAGAGUCACAGAGGCAUUAAGAAGCUCUGGGGGAAGAUCCGUCGCAGCCAGUCAGGUAGUCCUGCCCAGGUUCACGACCCUGAGCUGGGCGAGUUUAAGAGGGGAGGCUUCAGAGCUACAGCUGGCCCAAGACUGGCCCGAACAGGGAACACACGAGACCUGAAGAUGCCUUUUUCCAAGUGGAGCGCAGAGCAAGUGUGUGAUUGGCUUGAGGAAAUUGGACUCAGUCAGUACGGCAUCCUCGCCCGCCACUGGGUCACCGGCGGUCAGACUCUAUUGACGGCCACCCCGCAAGACCUCGAGAGGGAGCUGGCGAUGAAGAAUCCGCUCCACAGGAAGAAGCUCCAGUUAGCUAUCAAGACGUUCAGCAGCAAGCAGCCUGAGAAGUCUGCAGAGCUCGAUUACGUCUGGGUCACUCGUUGGCUUGAUGACAUCGGCCUUCCUCAGUACAAAGACCAGUUUAACGAGGGAAGAGUGGAUGGACAGAUGCUGCAGUACCUCACUGUUAAUGAUUUGUUAUUCCUCAAAGUGACCAGCCAGCUGCACCACCUUAGCAUCAAAUGCGCCAUUCAUGUUCUCCACGUCAACAAGUUCCACCCGAACUGCCUCAAACGCAGGCCCGGCAACGAGAGCCAAUUCACUCCCAGUGAGGUGGUCCAGUGGUCCAACCACAGAGUCAUGGAGUGGCUGAGAUCUGUGGAUCUGGCAGAGUACGCGCCGAACCUGAGGGGCAGCGGUGUGCACGGAGGGCUAGUCAUGCUGGAGCCUCGAUUUAACUCGGACACGCUGGCCAUGCUGCUGAACAUCCCUCCUCAGAAAACACUGCUGAGACGCCACCUAACCACCAAUUUCAACAACCUGGUGGGAGCACAAGCUCAGCAGGAGAAGAGGGAAUACACAGAGGCUGCAGGGUACACCCCACUCAGCAUCACAGCCAAAGUCAAGCCAAAGAAGUUGGGCUUCUCUAACUUGACUCAUCUCCGGAGGAGAAGGCCAGAUGAAUCCACAGACUACGUUUGUCCAGUUGAUUCAUCCUCGCCUCAGUCAGGACAGUCUGCAGCGAACGGGGUGCAGGUGCGGCCCUACGCCGCCUUCAGAGGCCUGAGCCCCAUCCUGGAUCGAGAGGCCGACCGCUCCCGGGACCAGCCCAUAAUACCUCAGCCCAUCCUCUCCCUGCUCCUCUAAACCCCCGCCCAUCAGCUCGACCCUGUGCCUUACGAGUGAGGAGAUUCAGAGACGCCCAGAUAAACCUGCCUGGCUGUUUGACAGUCACAGCUGCUUGUCAUGAAGGGUGUACUGACAUGAUGAAUCUGCACACUUGAAGUGUUUUAAUUUCAUUUCCAGUGAGAUGCCUAACUAACCCAACCUCAGCCUCAAACCUGUGCCAUGAUCUAACUCAUCAUGAGAGAGCGCAGCAUCUCUCUGGACUCCACUUCCUGUGACAUCACCUCCUGUAAUCACACAGCAUAUAUGGACAUCUCUUGUUGUACAGUAUUAAGCCAUCGUUCUAACACUUGUGCACCACCAUUAGAUGAUUUUAUGUGUGUGAGAGUCAGUCAUUGCAUUGCAUAUUUUAAAACUUUGAUUUUCCAAUUCCAGUUUUGUCAUAUGGUUGAGAUGAACUUGUGCAAUAUUUGCAUAAUAUUAUGGAGGGAUCUUAUUUAAUAUUUAUGUCAUUGUAGAGGAAAAGAUCAAAUAGCAUGUUUAGUUUAAACCUGAGGUGGUGAUUUUGUACUGUUAUUUUCAUAUUUUCUGUAAUAGUAUUUUUAUAGUAAAGAAAAUCCUGCUCUGCAAAGGAAGCCAACAUGUGGUUAUAUAAAUGUAAAAAGAUUGAUCAAAUCAUUUAAUAAAUAAAAUCAUACGUGUGUAAA